AAGUCUUUGACAGCACUUCCUGGAGUGGUGUUUGUUGUGGGAAAUGUCCACGGUGCUGCUCAGCUGAGGAUUUAGGCCACAGACACGGUGGGAGAGACGGCACAAACUACCGGGCUACACCACCUCCAAGCAUGUGGUCGCGGCAGCUUUCGACCGGUAUCAGAUAAGAGAGACGAGACCGAGGAAGGACGAGCUGGAAAUAUCCCCGGACAGAGCAGAGCCGCCGACAGCACGGAGCUGUCGCGAUGUUGUAACUAAGCCAUGGACAGCAGGAUAAAGGAGAAUCCAGAAAGAACAUUUGAUCUGGUUGUACAAGUGGCAUGUCCAGCAUCUGAAAAUGAGGAUCCAACCGUGCUGUGGAGCUUCCCCCAGGACCACACAGACCAGGAGGUCCUUCAGACGAUACCAAAGUUCUGCUUUCCCUUUGACGUGGAAAGGGUUUCUCAGAAUCAAGUGGGGCAGAAUUUCACCUUUGUGCUGACGGACAUCGACAGCAAACAGAGGUUUGGUUUCUGUCGACUCACCCAAGGCUGCCGGGUCUGCAUAUGUCUACUCAGUUACCUACCAUGGUUUGAAAUCUACUACAAGCUGCUAAAUACACUGGCAGACUACCUUGGAAAACAACAGGAAAAUGACUUGAAUGACAUGCUGAAUUCUCUCUAUGAUCUUCCUGUGCCAAAGCCCUUCACGCCAGUCAACCUGAGUGUGAAUGAGCAGUUGUAUAUUGCCACUGGGCAAGUACUGAGAGAUCGGCGAAGCAAGGAGCCGCACUCCUACUUCAUCGCCCCGGAUAUCAAUGGUCUGCCAACUAUCCCUGAGAGUAGGAACCUGACAGAGUACUUUGUGGCUGUGGACAUCAACAACAUGCUCCAGCUCUACGCCAGUAUGCUGCACGAACGGCGCAUCAUCAUUACCUCAAGCAAGCUUAGCACUUUAACUGCAUGUGUCCACGGUGCAGCUGCUUUGCUCUUUCCGAUGUACUGGCAGCACAUCUUCAUCCCCGUGCUGCCCCCGCAUCUUCUGGACUACUGCUGUGCCCCCAUGCCAUACUUUGUGGGAGUUCACCUUAGUCUGCUAGAGAGAGUGCGCAGUCGAUCGCUGGAGGAUGUGGUCAUUCUGAAUGUGGACACAAACACCCUGGAGAGUCCUUUUGAUGACCUGCACAACCUGCCCAGUGAUGUGGUGUCCUCUCUGAAGAGCAAGCUGAAGAAGCAGUCAACGGCAACAGGGAGUGGCGUGGCCAGGGCCUUCCUGAGAGCGCAGGCCGCUCUGUUUGGUUCCUACCGAGAUGCCCUCAGAUACAAACCUGGAGAGCCGAUCACAUUCUGUGAAGAGAGCUUUGUGAACCAUCGCUCGAGCACCAUGAAGAACUUCUUGUCCAUGGCUGUCAACCUGCAGCUCUUCAAACAGUUCAUCGACGGACGGCUGGCCAAAUUGAACGCAGGCCGCGGCUUCACCGACGUGUUUGAAGAAGAGAUCACAGAGGGGGGCUUCUGUGGAAGUAAUUCAAGGUCCUACCAGCAAUGGAUGCACACUGUAAAGAGAGGAGGAGCCCUCUUCAACACAGCUGUGACAAAGGCCAAGGUUCACGCCAAGAGGGGCAUCCGGGACAUUAAGGGCAGACUUAAAGCAAGGGAAGAAGAGGAGGAGGGGAUGACGGUCUGUGCAGGGUCUCCCACCAGCACCAAGAGCUUGUCUCCAAGGAGACUGCAGAAGAUGAGACGGCAGAACUUCAACAAGUCUCCCAUGAGCAUGGGCCCUCGAGAUCUGGGCUACGGGCUCGACGAUGAUGAGCUGGACAGUGCGAGCAAGAUCUCCUCAGAGGACAGCGGUGACGUCCCUUCAUACACCGAGGACAGUGAUGACUCCUACUCUCUAGAAUUGGACAUCGACUCCUCCCGCUCAGGCCAGAUGAACCUGCUCGAGGAAAUCCUGGACUCUCUGAACACCACAACAAUAGAACAAGGAAAACUCAGCGCUGCCAAGAGCCUGGACUUCUUCAGGUCCAUGGAUGAUUUAGACUACACGGCCCCGGCAAAGCCUCCACCCAGCAGUGAUUCUAAACCUGCAGAUGCGAGCAGCGGUGGGGAUCAGGGCGGGUGGAACAUGGGUCAGGAUGACAGCGCGGUCCACGGAAAACACCUUCCACCGUCCCCCCGCCGACAGCCCAGCAAGAGCAGCCUGAAGGUGUCGAAAACACCGGCGACAGUUCCUGCCGUUCCCACCAUCACAGCUAUGCCCCCUUCACAGGACGCUGAUGUCUCCAAGUCACACCCGCAUCAAUCGUCACCCUCCAAGUCAGGCCCAGACCCUCAUCCUCCACCUCCAGGGCGACAACCAGAAAACCGCUUCUCCUACUCGCCCUCGAUGUCCCAUAGAGUCACCCCCAUGCCGCCGUCGCCCACUCUGUCACACACCUACAGUUCCCCUGUUUUUCACCCUAACUAUUCUCCUCUACCAGCCGGCCGGUCACGGACCAUCUCAGACCCUCAGGCCGGCUCUGAGCCUUGCCAGGUUCAGAACCAGACUGCCUCCACCAGCAUCCUGAGGAGGAAGGUGCUGUCCAAGGAGACGGUGAGGAACUACCAGGAAAAGGCCCUCCAGAGGCAGGGCAGCAAGGGUCAGCAUGAGGGUCAGAGGAGCCCGUCGAGGAACAGCCGGUCAACUAUGCAGGUCCAGUGGGAGAAAGACGUGUCCAAGGACGGGCUCCUUGGACUUGGCCUGUGUAUGGGUCAGGGUAAAGGCUCAGGGGCAGCUGUGGUGCAGGAUCAAGGCCUCCUCGAGGAGAUCGAGUCCAUGUGUUGCCUCGGCCCAGUUCUGCACACCAGCCUGCAGCUCUCACAGGUUCACUGCAACAACAGUCACCACCAGGUCCAGGGAAAAGCUACAGAUGAGUCCUAAGUGGCGUCAAGGAUUCAGUGUCUGUAAAAUGCCAUAAAAUCUCCUAUUACAACUGUCUCAGAGAACAUGAUCCGUUCUGACAUUUUUUUUUUUUUUUUAAUCUCAAAACUCAGAUAUGAGAUAAACUUUUGAACAAAUCAAAUGCAGGCCACCACUAACAAAUGGUUUCAGAACAGAGAACAAAAGGGGAUGAAAUGAUGCGUUGUGGUGUUCUCCAUUUAUCAUCGAUAUCCACGUUUCUAGAUUAAAGAUCUUAUAUGUAAUAAGUGAGAAAGACGGCUCGUUUGGAGAAUUUUCUUGAAAAAUACAUCGGAAUUAUCAUACAUAAAGUAAUUUACCUAAAAUCAGGAAAAAAAUGGGGCUUAAAAGAUUUUGGUUUAAAAUGGAAACAAACUUAAAUAAUCAUUUUUGAGGCAUUUAGACAUUUUUAAGUGCUUUUCCUCAGCCCGUAGCUGAGGUAAAUUAGUUAUUCUGCUGAAAUGACAGCAUCAUUUUUUAAAAACAAGUGAAUUGUCUUGUGAACUGUGAUUGUGGUGCUCAAUAACCACAAUCAGAGGCCAUAUUACAGUCUUUAUUCAUAUUUCACUUGUUUUAUUAUUUCAAUUUUCUCACAACAAAUUACUUGACAAGAAAGACAUUUUUGCAGUGAGUUUUGAACUCAGUUCAGUCUUUCUGUCUGUAAUCUUCUAAAUUUCUGAACAACAUUUCUAUUUUCAUAUGUUGUAUUUUUCAUUUUAUUAUAUAUUCACAUUACAGAACCCCCCAAAAAGAUGCAUGAAUUACAUUUUGGGUAAAUAAGUAGGCGGCGGGCAGUGGAGGAGUUUUUCAUCUUUGCCUGAAAGGAAUUUAGAAAAGUUUGAGUCGUUGUCUUGAUUAAGAAGGGACGAUAUCUCCUCAACUAACCAUCAUGUCGCUCUUUAACUCGGUGUUUUAAACAUUUCACAUAAUCAGUUUGCACUCGUGAAUUAACAAAUAUUACUCACUUAUUACUACUUGGUACUAAAAUGUUCUGAUCAGAAACAUUAAGACCGGAUUGUUCAGACAGACAAUCCACUCGGGCCUUUGAAACUAAUUACAUGUUGUGUUAUACGAUGUUUUUUAGUCACUAUACCUUAAUUGUAUGUGAUUUAAUUUUGAUACUCUGAUGUCUUAAUCGAUAGAUACGGCAGCAGGUACUUUGUAAUCGGAGUCACUGAUACGGUCAGAUCCAGCAGCAGUUCAUAGUUCCUAAACCACACUGUAUUUCUCUGGAUCAGUAGAAUAGUUAAUAUAUAUAUGACGAGCUUUAAGCUGCUGUUUUAAUUGCAUUCCAGGUAAUAGGAUGUAGGAACCCCUCUUCCUCUGUCUCCCUCCUCUUCCUCAGGAUCUGCAUCACUCUAUAAAGAUGCAAGUACAGUCAAAAUUUAAAAUAGAUGACCUGUAAAAGCCCAUGUCCAUGCCUCACGUCCUUUACUUUCACUUUUUCCACCAUCGCCACUCUUUUCCUCCCGUUGUCUCAUCAAAUCAAAUUCUCUGCUUUUUGCUACUUUCAGCACGUCUAACUCUCACUGUCCACCUUAAAAACUGGGGCCAGUUAUGGCCGAGCUCAUGAGGUUUGGCAUGGAGUUGGAAAAGGUGAACUUUAAAGGAUAUGGCUGGCAAUACUCCACAUUUUUAUGAUCAACAAAUCCCAUGGAAGGACCCAAACCUAACAGUGAUUUAUUCCCAUUAUUCCAUCUCUCAGUGGUUUCUGACUUCCCUCGCCGGUUUGUGGCUCCCAGCCUCAGAGUGGCAGCUGUUUGUUCCCACGAAACUUUUAAAAUGGACCACAAAUAUCAGGAAUAAAUAGUGUGUUUGUUUCAGCUGUAGAUUAUUAAGAAGGAUGAACUCACUGCUGAUAAAAUCAUUGUUGGUUUUGGGUUUUCCACAGGAUCCAAAAGAUCAGAUUAUCAUAGAACUCGUUAUCUUUUCAUCUGUCUUCGUUUCUUUCUGUCUCACAUGAGGAAAUGCAAUCUGUCCGUCUGGGUUAGAGUCGCACACUGUAAUAUGAUGCAGUGGUUGAUGAUUGUACUGUAAUGAAGCAAUAUAGUUCCCCUCAGAGUCGCUACAGGGAUGUAAUGUGCAGAGUCUAAAGUAUUUCUAUAACAGACUCUCCUGUGGAGAGAAACGCUGCGUCCAGAGAUUGUGGCUUCCCAUCAUUCUCUGCGUCGCCACAAACCCGGAGAAAAGGGGAACGCUUUUUUUCUUGUGCUUGUGUUGGGAUUAUUACAUUUAUGGUUCGUUGUUCUUAUGAUUUAUGCCAGACGCCAGUCGGUGUGGCAGUUUAAUAGCAGCUAUUUCUCCACUUUUUGAGUGCUGCUCUGCGUUAACGAUUUGCUCAUAAAGUCUUUGGCAUGCUUCUAAAAGCCCGAAAAUCAGUCCUAGUAAUUCCAAAAAGAAAGGAAAAAAACCUGACUCCAGAACAAUCUCUGCACUGGCCUUAUUCAUUGUAAACACUUUAAAAAAAAACCUUUUGUACUAUGCAAAUAUUUAAAAUCCUCAAAAAGGUCAGUUUUCUUUACCAGUAAUUACUAACUAUAAUUCAGGAUUCUACUCAAUAAAAACACAGAUGACUUUCUGAUGUAAGCGAGCCUCAUGUGUCCCUAUGAGAGUAAAUAAAUAAAAGACUAUUAUAAUGUGUGUGAGGUGCUGAGGUGUGUAAUGAUGGAGUGUAUGGCGUGCCUUAUACAGUUAGAGUACCACCCAGUAUGAUCACAGCACAGUCCAGUAUUAUAGGAUGGAGGUGUAUGCAAUGUUUUCAGACCACUUUUCACCGCAGUAAGAAACACUCUGAUCAUAGUGGAGUUUAUUUGAUGAACAGAUGCAAAAGCCCUGCUUGGACCUCAGAAACUCGCAUUGUUGUUGUAGCUGUUUGGUUGUGAGUUUGGGCUGCUGCUCAGCUGGAUGGUUCAGUGUUUUUCUUUGCUGCGGUGGUCUGUGGGUUCUUCCUGCUUUAAGACAGGAUCUCUGGGUUUGUUUUUGUAAAUUAGGUACUUCCUUUGAUUGUACUGUUAGGUGAUUGCUUGUAUAGUUUGUGCUCUUUUUAUUCUUUUUUGCUUUCCUUUCUUUUUUAUUUUAAACUUCGAACACUUACUCUGAGCUAACUGUAUUUAAAAAAUCUCUCAGAGGAGUUUCUCUAGUUGAUUUCAUAAUGAUGACAAAUUAUUUUCAAUUGAAUAGACGUGUAUUUUUGCUGGCUUGAGUAUAUUUUACAUGGAUAAUAUAUGAUUGGUGUUAUAUGUUGUAAAAAAAAAAAAGACACCUAAUAUUUGAAUGUGUUAGAUUUUAUUUUUGAAAAGAACAAAAGAGAAUAUUAACAAAUGUCCCCAUGUAGCCAUUUAUGUUCAGAAGCAUUUGACAACUUCUAAUCAAAAUACCCAGAGACUAACGCUUGCUCUACAUGGUACAACUGUUGUAUCUGCAUGUAUGUACCUGUUUGUGCUAUGAUUUAGUUGGUUUUGUUUUGGUAUUAACAUAAUUUCAGUAUUUGGCUCUUCCAUCAAAUUGAGAAUGGUUUACAUUAACAUCGGUACACUCGCUCUGCCUUGCUUUGAGUAUUGUGGAGUUAAAUGUAUCUGCAAUACAUUUUAUGUAGGAAAAGAAAAACAUUUCUUUUUUGUUCAGUUUUGUUUCUAGCUACUGUAAAUCUAAUCGUAGAAGAUUGUGGGGAGAAAUACUUGAACAGCCAGCUGCUGUUGAGGACGAUUUGAAAAGCUUUAGUAACUCUGGUUUCCUUUCACACUAAUGAUAUACAACAAAGAAGAAAUAAUUGUAAGGGGAUUUGCAUUUCAAUGUCUGCAGGCUCAUGAAAGCUAAGGAUACCGAUACUCUGCUUACAAUAGAGUGUAAAGUUAUCAGUAAAUAUAUAGUUAAUAUAACUGUCCUGAAAUUGCAAAUUCGUAGUGAGAGGGAGGCGGCAGAUUAUGUAGCAGCUUUUACUGAGGUAUGAAAUAAAAACACAGGUUCUGCUUUACAAAGACAGAAACAUCACUUCCCCUGAAAACAGACUUUCUCUGUGUCAGGAUCAGUACGCUGAAUGUUACAGUGAGCAUCUUUUUCUCAGUCUCUUGUUUGAGUAUUGUAAUGAUGAUUAACUCUUUGGUAUGACAUUUACUGAUUUUCUGAUACUGUGCACACUUGCAUGUUCUCAUUACAGAGGAAACAACUGUCUUAAACAACUGAGGUCAAUCUAAUGUGCUAUUGAUGAGUAACUUGGUACAACUGCACACAAUGUAUGCACUGUGAACUGAAAAUAAAUUAUACUGUUUCAUGCUUA